AUCGAAACAAUAUAUCGUACCCCACUCCUCAGGAUUCGGAUUCGAUUAGGAGGACGCUAGGAGGACGGGCAAGCGGGGAGUUCGAAGAUAAUGGAACCAUGUUCCAAAAAAGGGGCGCUUGCAAUGUUUCCCCAACCUCUCUUUUUCUUAAAACACUCCGCAACUCCGCAAUUUUCGAGCAAAUAGUGAAAGCAGUGCACUAUACCGAGCACUACUUCCUAGUUACUACCGUUGUUUUCUUUCUACUGGAUACGCGAGUCACGAGUUGAAUGUUAUCGAAAAUUUAUAUCAACAUUUAAGGCUUAACACACUGGUUAAGGAUAACGAUAAGCAAGGCUGACCGGAACGGGAUGGAGAGAAGGCCAAAAAAGAAUGGGUGGGGGAAUUUGCGCAAGCAAAAUUAAUCCUUCUACUAUCAUUACUACCAAACACAGACACACGUUUCAUGCUGGGGCGUAGAAAACAGUUCGGAAUAAAAGGGGAAAACAAAUGCAUUGUUUUGAAACAAUAAUAAGCGUGCAGCGGCUGCUGCAACGCACGAUCCUAGUGUUUAAGAUGACUAAACAAUGGAUAAGAAAAAGAGGGAGAGAGAAAAGAGGGAAAGGGAGCUGAUGAGGGGAGUAUCAUAAUCAAAGCGUAACACCAUUGUCUCGUAUCGUAUAUUUACACGUUUACAUACAAAAAGGCUCAGAAAAAGGAUCAGAGGAUCAGAGAGAGAGAGAGAGAGGAUGAAUGCAACAUAUGUGAACAACUCUAUAUCUAGUAUCCUAGCAUCGUAAGCAAGGUGUACUAAAGGUGUCGGUGAUAAUUUGCGGAGCCGUGGUGGUUUUCAGCUGUGCGGUGCUGAACAUUAAAAAAAAAACUUUAUAUAAUCGUUGUUUGUAAUAAGGACACACACAUUUUUGGAUCAUGGAUAAAUUAGCAAAUUAUGAAAACAAUACAAAAAGGAGGCAAUUUCAAACCCGCAAAGAAACAGAGCAGAACCACGAGCAGAAGAUCGGGAUCGAUUUUCUAAAUGCUACGGUAUCGCACAUACCCGGGUACCCGGUGGCUAGGCGAUUCAAACCGAUGCGUGAUAGUGAUAAGAUAAGCAUAUAACAGGCAAGCAAUCUAAGCAAGCAAGCACCUUCUGUAACACCAUCAGCACCAGCAUCACCUUCGUUAUAUGGGGCUGGCUGGCAUGGCGAAAAGUCGUUGCCAAUGGAAACCGCCGCAUAGCCACCUGGUAUCGGACGAUGGACGACGUGUGGUGGCUGUGGCGCUGUUUCUUCAGCCCUCCCUUUAGCACUCUCUUUAGCUAGGACUUAAAAAAAAAAGAUUUAAUUUUUUGCGUACCACUUUUACAAUCGGCGGCGCCACACAAUGUCCCUCUUCCAGUGCUGGCGUGUUGAUUUGUACAGAAAUUCUUGAGACAAAAAGUUCGUUACAAAAGCUAAGCCUGUUGCUAAGCCUGAGCCACCCGUCUACUGAGAAGACGGUAUUGUAUAUAGAGUAAAAUGUUAUACAAUUAUAUAUAUAAUUAUAUACAUACACACACCCACACAUGUAUGUGAAGUUCUUUUUAAGUAGCUUUGAAGUUUUAUAAAUUUUGCCAACUCUCCAUUUCACCAUUUCACUAUUCAGGCACGUGUUCAUGCGUUCAGUAUCGCCCUUUUUCUCGUGGGCGUUUGUUGGCCCCUCUUCAAAUAUUCAAUUGGAAAUUUCCUUGCGCUAAUGCGGCACCAUCGGUUGACCUUGAGAGAGCACCACAGACACCCGCGCUUGGUGCAGCGUCUCUAGUAGCCUACUAAGUGUACUAAACUGUUGCCAAAUUGACAAAAAGAACCGCGAAACCCGAAGAAAUGCGACUGUCCUUCCAACCAACACCAACCCACAUCACCUUGUAGAGUAACACCGCGAAAAAUGAGAAAAUCCUGAGCCACAAAUCAUGGCAACCCGAAGUUCCCUUGUCCCAAUUAGCCACUCGUGUACCGAACGUCGUGUAUAAUCGUUGUGACAGGAAACUUUACAAUAAUAUGAAAGCAAAAACCAGCAACAGCAGCAGCGGCGACCAACAGCAAUAAAUUGUUCAAUCAAAAGCGAAUGAAGGAAAUGAGAUGACAGGAGGUGUUGGGAGAGUGGCCGAAUGGAGUUCGUAUAGGAGGAGGUGUAAGGAUGCGUAGAGUAGAGUAAGCAAAUCAAACAAAACACAGAGAAAAAAAAGAAGAACAACAAAGUUGAUAACAUGUGAACCGUGGGCCCAAAAGUUAAUAAUAAUGUUAGAUGAUGAUGAUGAUGAUCAUGAUGCUGAUGAUGAGUGUUACAUAGGCAGGCAGACAGGCAGGCAAGGUUAGGAGGAGCAGGAGAAAGCAACAUUAUCACUCCCGAAUUCUCCAUAUCAUGGCCGAGAGGGGUGUGCCACGUGAGUGUGCGCCCCGCCUCCGAACACAACACGUGUCCAGCGUGUUCUCAUAAAUGGGUUACACUCCCAACGUUCGAACGCUCGUUGAAUCCUGUUUAAGAGAUCCUUUUUCCGGUGGUUUGAUUGAAUUUCGUACGAAAAAAUAAAUAGAAGCAAAUGGACAUCUUUCAAGUGGUCCCCUAGGCUGCCCGUAACCCAAUUCUGAUUGGUGGUGACUCCGACAAACGUGAACAGAGAGGAACAUUCUAACUUCAUUAAAACAAUAAAAAUGAGAAUCAUCACAGACCCACACGCCACGGCCAUUUACGGAAGCUGGAAGUGAGCGCGGGGCAGACACACAUCUAUUAUACAUAUAUCUAUUAUAUAUACAUUCAAAAUAUGCAAAUCAAAGCGUAAGUCAUAAUGUUUUAUUUUUUAUUUCGGUAAAAAUAAACGUACAUUGUUCACUGAAAAG